AUGGUGGACAUUCAGAUGGAGCAUGCCUACUUAAAAGAGCCAACCAUUUUUCAAAACAAGAAGAGGGUCCUGCUGGGAGAAACUGGCAAGGAGAAGCUCCCUCGGUACUACAAGAACAUUGGUCUGGGCUUCAAGACACCCAAAGAGGUUAUUGAGGGCCCCUACAUUGACAAGAAAUGCCCCUUCACAGUUUAUGUCUCCAUUGGAGGGCAGAUCCUCUCUGGCGUGGUGACAAAGAUGAAGAUGCAGAGGACCAUCAUCAUCUGCCAAGACUACCUCCACUACAUCCGCAAGUACAACUGCUUUGAGAAGAACCAAAAGAACAUGUCCAUACACCUGUCCCUGUGCUUCAGGGGUGUCCAGAUCAGUGACAUCGUGACAGUGGGUGAGUGCCAGCCUCCGGAAACAUGUAUGAUAAAGCAUGUGACCAUUUCUGCAAAGAUUUCAUGCCAGUCAGCAUUUCUUUGUGACCCAUUUGCUCACAGAACCUGCUACAUCUGUCAUACUGAACAGCCAGUACAUCUACUAGAAAACUAA